AAACGUGGGUGAAAGUGGGAACCGACAAUAAAAGUUCGAACCCCGCGGGUGACACCGGGUUGCCCCCCUUUUAGAGCGUGAUGCUAUUAUUAACUACUUUCCUUUUAUCCGUCCAAGCACUGGGCACGAUCGCCUGCUCUGACUGCUAUGGGGUCCCAAACCGGAGUCAGCACGCAAGGUUGGUCCGGCGCAUGCAGCCAGGGGCUCUCAACGCGACUACCAGACCACGCGGGCCUUUAGAAUGGGGUCAAAUUAACUUCCUACAAACAACUGAUACCCACGGCUGGCUUGCCGGCCAUCUUAAGGAGAGAAACUACGGGGCUGAUUGGGGCGACUUUGGAUCCUUCGUGAAGCAUAUGCGCCAGAAGGCUGACCGGCUAAAUGUCGAUUUGCUUGUUAUCGAUACUGGAGAUUUGCACGAUGGCAAUGGGCUCAGCGACACGACGACCCCUAAUGGCGCAGUUAGUGACACCAUUUUCUCUGAAAUAGAUUACGAUUUGCUCGCGAUUGGCAACCAUGAGCUCUAUGUUACCGAAAUUGCGUAUCAUACGAAUGCCAACAUCACCUCCAUAUAUGGCGAAAAAUACCUGACCAGCAAUGUCCAGCUUCUCAACCGUGACACCGGGGAAUUUGAAGACUUCGGGAGUAAAUAUCGCUACUUUACCACGAAGCGUGGGCUCCGGAUCAUGGCUUUUGGCGUACUGUUCGACUUCAAGGGAAACUCAAAUGCAUCUCGAGUAACUAAGGCAGCGGAUAUGGUUGAACAGCCUUGGUUCAAAGAAGCGGUGAAUUUUCCGAAACCGAUCGACCUCUUUCUUGUAAUUGGACAUAAUCCUAUCCGCUUGAACGACACCUCUAGCACUUUCGGAACGGUGCACAAGGCUAUCAGGGCAAUGCGACCCGAAGUUCCUAUUCAAGGAUUUGGAGGCCAUUCGCAUAUCCGGGAUUUCGUCGUAUAUGAUGAGAUGUCCACUGCGCUUGAGUCUGGACGAUAUUGUGAAACUCUUGGAUGGCUGUCAAUGACGGGCAUUGAAUCUUCCACCUUCACCGGCAGUAUGCGUCCAAGAGGUGUGCCAAAUCCGUCCAGGAAAGCCAUCAAGGUUCAGGAGCAGCAGAAAGCCCCGGCUAGCAGCCACAGGGGACGAUCACUAAGAUACGCUCGUCGCUAUCUUGACUGGAAUCGACUGACGUUUGCAUACCACGCGCAAAAAUCACAAGAUCGAACAUUUGAUACCCCCCACGGACUUGCGGUGACUGGCGAUAUAACGGAAUCCCUGAGUGCAUUAAAUUUGACGUAUAUUUUUGGAUGUGCGCCAAAGACAUACUGCCAAUCCUGCAAGCCAUUUGGCGAGGAAGGCAGCAUUUACAAACUGCUCGAAACCGCUCUUGCAGCAACCGUCGUCAACGAUUCUCGUGCCGAAGUUCCACGGUUGAUACUUACCAACAGCGGGGCCAUACGUUUUGACCUGGUUCAAGGGCCCUUUACUAUCGGGGAUUCAUAUAUCGUCAGCCCCUUUAGAAACGCAUUCGAGUUUAUCCCGGACGUGCCAUAUUCAGUGGCGAGUAAAGUGCUUGGUGUGCUGAAUCGUGGGCCAUGGCAGAAGCGCGAUGACUUUGCAUCCCCAAAUCAAAUAUUUACCGGUGGGGACGCCUGCGUCGACCCUCCGUACACAGCCAUGCAAGAGAGAAGCGAGGUUCUCAAAUCCCAUGGUUUGACGCGUCGGGACUUACUAGCUCCGCCGAAGAUUUAUCCCGGGUACACGACAGUCGAUGACUUUGGAACAGAUGGUGACGAUACACCGCACUCCAAGCUGCCGUACUUUUCAGCGGAAAAUGAUGUUCAGGCCAAUGCGUCCUUCCCCACAGACGGCUCGACGCCGCAAACAGUGGAUCUGGUGUUUACAGAAUUUAUCGGAGUCAAAUAUGUGCUACCGGCAUUGGACGAAUUGGGAGCCAAGUAUACGGCUGACGACAUCCAGCUCUAUGUUCCCCGGACCUUCACCAGUAACAGUGUACUGCCGGCCUAUGCGAUGAAGGCAUGGCAGGAGAACGUGCCCAAUUGUCCAGUGGGGGAAGGAGUUCAGUAGUUAGAUCAAACAUGCUAUCCUCACGUAGUUAGACUCUAGCAACAAGUGAUAUACUAUGCUUGAAUCUCAGAGGGA